UAUGUGGCAAGCAGUAAUUCUUUGUGCAUACCUGAUGGCUGCUUCAGCGUUUCACUUUGAUCCAAGUCCCACGCAUGAUUUCAACAUGAAAGCCUACUUGUCUGCCAGAGAGUGGACACCUGUCGGUAUCCAGGUUGUGGAUUUUGACAUGGAUCCCCAUGUUAUGGCAGACCAGCCUGCCGAGGAUGAAAUGGACGAGAAAAUCCAUGGUGUGACUACUCUGGAUGAGUGUUCAAUCACCAUGGACAAGGUAGCUGCCCUUCCAGCAUAUCUCAGGGAACCUAUUGUUUCCUUAGCAGCCAAAAGCAUGGAGAACCUUGUUGAUGGAGACGAGGAUCCGGCAUCUGAGGACCAUUUACGCCUAGAAAAAUUUGACCUGGGUGAAGAAAAUUUGGAGGAUGAAGAUGAAGAUGAAGAGAUGAUGCUGAGUGACGAGGAGCGUAAGAAACUGGAGGACAGCUGGACUGCCGAAGACAAGGAAAGGAUUAAAAGACAACAAUACACUUAUCUUGCAGAAGAUGGACUGAAUGAAGAGGAGAUGAAGAAGGUAGCUCUGGAUAGCCAAGACCUUGCAAAAUCCUUCAUGAUAUUCAGAUUGUGGUGGCAGAACAAAAGAGUGGUCAGUCUGCGGCCCCGUUGCCUCGAGGGAAAGAAUGUCUGUGCCCUCAAGUGGAGAAGACUGUUGUUCCAGGGACGUACAUUUUGCUGCCGAAAGCUAAAGGGUCUUCCCAGAAUUUUCCAACGGGGAAACGUGAGAGUGUGCACCUGCUAAGAGCAUCUAUGCUUAAUAAACAUGAUGAAAAGUA